UGAGAUUGCAUUACAUUAUUAAAUAGAUUUCAUUUUAUCGGAUCCGAUAUUUGGGUCAUCCUCAUCAUUUUAUUCAUUUCUCUGCAUGUUAAUUCGGAGGAUCCAUCAAAAGUGGAGGAAGAAAGGACGACUUCCCAGGAUUUUUUUGGAUCCUUCAGCUUCUCUCUCCCCUUUGAAAUCUUCAUCUCUUUUAUAACACAACAUCACGUUCGUACAUAAAUAAAGCAAAUAUACUGAAUUCAGAUUGAUGCCAGAGAGAGAAAAAGAGAAUAAAGAGUUAGUUGUUAAUAUGAGCAACAAGCUAGAUGAUGAUCAAAUCGCGCAGCUUCGAGAGAUAUUUCGUUCUUUUGAUCGAAAUAACGAUGGAAGCUUAACGCAGCUUGAGCUGGGCUCACUCCUCCGAUCGUUAGGGCUAAAACCGAGCUCUGAUCAGCUGGAAACCCUAAUUCAAAAGGCUGACACUAACAGCAACGGACUAAUCGAGUUCUCGGAGUUCGUGGGCCUGGUGGCGCCGGAUCUGCUCUCCGGGAAGUCGCCCUACAGUGAGAAGCAGUUGAAGCAGCUUUUUAGGAUGUUCGAUAGAGAUGGAAAUGGGUUCAUUACCGCAGCGGAGUUGGCUCAUUCGAUGGCGAAACUAGGGCAUGCAUUGACGGCUGAAGAGUUGACGGGCAUGAUAAGGGAAGCAGACACAGAUGGGGAUGGAAUGAUCAGUUUUCAAGAGUUUGCGGAGGCCAUUACUUCGGCUGCUUUUGAUAAUUCUUGGCCUUGAUAUAAUAGUGUAUGCAAGUUUUGCGGUAUGGUUUUGGUUUCUUUUGUUGGUUACCUGUUAAUAGUUAACAAAUGCAUCUGUGAGUGUUGUGGUUGAUUUAGAAUAGCGGAGAUCGCACAUGGUUCUUGAAUUGUUGUUUUAAUAGGAUUAUUUUGAUGGAAAUGAAGGGAGUAAGAGUUGAGUUGGCUGAUUCA